CGCCACUAAACAAGCAGAAGAAGAAGCGAAGGAAGAAGUUGCGCUGUUCGGUUAAGAAGCUCCGCCUUACACCAAUUAUUGCUAUGUUCGGUUGGGGAAAAUAAUAUAUAUAGAUAUAUAUCGCCAUUAACAGCCGACGCAAUUCCUUUACUUGAUUUUCGUCGAGUUUUUUCGUUUUUGUUUAAAUCAGGACGGUGUGGAUUCACAAGGUCCUCUCCCAUCUAGUUGUCAACACAAUGAUCACAAGGAGAAGAAGCUGUGCCAUGGAGAUGUUGUCAGUAGAAGUUGAAGAGGUGGAUGUGGAAAGUGUGCAAGAUCCUCCCAGCCCUGAAGUGGUUGCUGCUGAUGACACGGAUCCUGCAGGAAUAGAGCUAGAUGACCUGUUUGAAGAUUUAAAAUGGACUCUAGAAAAAGAGGCUUCCUCUCCACUCUUUGGCGUUGAUCUUGCUGAUCUAGAAGCAUAUAACGUCAAAAACCAAAACCUAGGAUUUGACGUUUCAUCCAACUCAUCUCCAGAGAGAAUGUCAUCUGGCUCGAAGAUGAAAAACCGACAAAACCACAUUAACAAAAAUGCCAUCGCUGCCAGAUUGAAUCGUCUCAAAAAGAAAGAAUAUGUCAACAGCCUUGAGAAGCAAGUUGGGAUCCUAUCAACAGAGAACGCUGUGCUCAAGCAGGAGACUUGUCACCUGACUAAGCGAGUUGAGGAAUUGGAAGAUGAAACCAGGUAUCUGAGGGCUGUGCUGGCCAAUGAGAGCAUGUUAGCCCAGCUCUUGUCCAGACUGAGCGGUGUGAAUGGGAUGAAAUUAUCUUCCUCGCUUUUCCAGGGGCCUCACUCUGACCAUGAUUACGCAUUGCCCAGGAAGCGAGUGAAAGCUGUGGAGAAGGAGACAUCUGGUGGCGUGUGCCUGCAUGUAGACAAGAACCACGUCUCAGUGGAGUUCUGCACAAAGUGUGCAGAGAGAGCAAGCACAUCGCUCAAAAUUUUCUUCUAGGUAACUUGCUCCACCAUGGGGGAUGAGUGGCUUUCUGAACACCUUUUCCUGCUUGAUGCCAUGUUCUGCUGAUGGGAGGCGAUGAAGCUGGACACGCAGCUGCAACGUGGCCUGGUAUUUUUUUAAAGGUAGUAUCGGUAACAAAUGGUAUAUGUAAUACAAACUCUUCCCACAUUCUGCACCAUCUGUAGCUGUUGAACGUAUCAGCAAAGCUCCUUCAGCACUCGGAGCAAUUUUGUACAUUCUUGUAUAUUAAAAUGUAUAUAACAAAAUAAAUGGUUAAGUUUUUAUGACCUUUAAUAAACUGUAAAUGUUUACAUUUGAGAAAUGUUGGACAAAUAAAUUACAUUCUCUAUAUGUAAAAAUA